AGAUGUAUUCGAUGACAUUGACCUUGAAUUUUAAUUUUUAAUAUUUGAUCCAAGAACUAUCGCCAGGUGUGCUUUCCUUUGGAUGAUGAGUGGAGACAAUAGUAAGUCUGUGGCCUAUGACAUCCAAGGUCAUAUUAUGAACCAAGAGCACGAAGUAUAUCGGUUUAAGAGAAUAGUGAAGCAUGGCUCGGAAAUAUGUUAUUAUAUUUGAGAAACUCGCUGCACUUUCUUCUGUGACCGACCAUGCUUGACCACACGACAAAGCUCUAGUAUUGCUUUCUAUAAAACAUAGGUCAAUUCGUAAUCAGCAAUCAUUUACUCAUUGAUCGUUGGUGGUUUUGGUGCACAGCAGAAGUGAUUUGAUUGAUUUUUUGCAAUGCAUCGACUGAAAACUUUACUAGUGAUUUGGUUUAGUUGUGCAGUGGCAGAUUAUGUGGAAGAACGUGAAUUCAUACCAUCAGCCAGCAUGGAUACCGAAGACGGAUGGCGUGUGAUGCAAGGUCCUCUAGCAGAAGAACUGAUCGCCAGUGAUCCCCAAUUGUACUUAUCGUUUCCUAAACUCGAAAAACAGUCCAAUGAAAUCGGCAAAGAUUUUCUGAACAAUGAUGAAGAAUUCCGCAUUCAGGUGGCUGAUUUGAAAGUUGAAGAAAAAUCGCCAUUAGUUCAUGACAGUGAUAGUUUACCAGUUGCAUCGUCGCUAGUUGUCACAGGUUCCAAGCAAGCUGGGAAGGAAGCACUUAUGUCACCACUAAAAAUGGUAAAAUCUCCUCCUUCAUUCAAGGAAGAUGGUUUGAUUAAAAAACCAUUCUUAUUUCGGAACAAUGCAAUUUACCCACCGUACUCAUCGCAGAAGUUUGUCAGAGAACCUCUAAUGGACCGUUUUCCUUACUACGACAUGCUGCCACAAAACACAAAUUUGAGGAACUACCAAUCGUUAGCUCAGUUGGAAGAUCCAAUUUACUUACCUUCCUUCGAAUAUCGUACUGCUCCAAAGUUUGUACCGUAUCGUCAAAUGCCAAUGCUGGAUAACUCAGUGGAAUACUACGAAAUCGACAAGAAUGCACGUCCUAUAAUAUUGAAAGAAGAAAUUUCAUACGAAGAUACUCCAUCUUUUGUUUCGUCUCGAUUUCCCCCCAUGCCUCGUCAAAUGAUGUUUCCAAGUGGAAGCAUGAUGCAAAAACCUUACUUCAAAGGUCCACCACUUCCCAUCUCAGUGAAAACGAGGAAAAUCAUGAAGAAACCGAAACGCAGCAUGCGAACCUUUAGUAGGUCUUCUUCUAGGGGUAUUCCGAUUGUUCGGGGUCGUUUUAGAGUUUAAUGAUGUUGUUGUAGAGUG